UUGUGCCGAGGCAGUGCGAUAACUGCGAUGCGCGAUACGUGCGUAUGCCAGGCGCAUAUGCGCGAGUCGAACGGAGUCGAAUCGAGUCGAGCGUGUCGCGAGGUACCCGUGGCCCGUGGCCCAUUUUUCCCAGGUGCUCUUUACCGAUUUUCUGGCCAGCCGGUGUUCCACGCCCGUGCCUGUUACGUGCAAGAUCGAUUUAGGCUCGCGCUGACGACGAUUCAUGAGCGCGGUGACGAAAACGUCGGAUCCGCCGCCGCGUCUCGACGUAACGACAUUUCCGGAAGGCGAACUGACGUCUGCUCGCGGAAUUUUUGGCGACGCCGUUCAAAAGAACGUACUUUCUAUACUAAUCUAUAUUUAAACAUGUCAGAAGAACAUCAAUUACCUUCAGAUUCUGAUGAAGAUGACGAAGAUUAUGUUCCUGAUGGUGCUGAUAGUGAUCCAGUAUCUGAAGUAGAAUCUGAAGGUGAUGUUGAAAGUGGUCCAGAAGAUGAAAAUGAUGAGAACAAGAGAGAAUCUGAUCAAAAGAAGCGUAUAAAGAGAUCUAAGAGUCGAAAGAAUAAAAAAAUCAAGCGCAAAAAGAUAUUAGAAAAGUCAAAAGUAUCAGAAGAUGAAAGUAAAGAGGAGGAAGAAUGCAAAGAGAAAAAAGAACUUACUGAAGAAGAAGAAAAAAGGAGAGCAGAUUCUCUUUGGGCCGACUUUAUGAAGGAUACAGCUGUAGUAUCAAAGUCAAAACCUCAGAAUUCAAUCAAUAGAUCGAACGAGAGAUCUCCACCGAUACAAAAACCAAAAGUUCAAGAAAAAAUUAAGAUAACUAAGGUUUUUGAAUUUGCUGGUGAGGAAGUAAAGGUCGAGAAGGAAGUAUCAGUAGAUUCCGCAGAGGCAAGAUUAUCAUUUUCUGCGGCCGAGAAUUCCGCCACGAAGCCAUCAGAGUCUGCAGCUCCCACGACUAGAGGGCGGGGCGGUAUUAGACGCGGCAUUGGAUUAGGCGGCAUCUCUUCGGUUCUGGGACAAAUCGGGAAAAAGGCUAAAAUUAGCACGUUAGAAAAAUCUAAACUAGAUUGGGAUAACUUCAAGAAGGAGGAAAACAUCGAAGAAGAACUUAAUACUCAUAACAAAGGCAAGGACGGAUAUUUAGAACGGCAAGAUUUCCUUCAAAGAGCAGAUCUGCGACAAUUUGAAAUUGAAAAACAAUUACGGAAUUCUAGCAGACGUAGUACGCGGUGAAUUCGCACAUUUUCUCAUCUAUACAUGUCUUUUCUUUUGAGAUGCUAAAAUAUAUUAAUAUUGUGGUAGAAGGAUAUUUACUCGCCGAUUUGCCAAACUCGAGCGCUUGCUGCACGCGUUUAGUCUAAUUCAUUCGAGUUCCGCGCUACAUUUUGAUUGAAUAAUAGACAAAGAAAGUGUUGUUUCGAUCAAUUCGACAACGUGACUGACUAAGCUACAAUCGAUGAUUUCUUCGAAGAGAGAGAUUUCUUCGAUUAUUCCAGUGUUUUGAGACUAAUUUCUCACGCGUACGUAAUAUAAUAGCUUAAUUUACUCUCAGCGAGCCUUUGUCUCGGCCUGACCGCACAGAACUUCGCAUCGAAGCAGAUUGUUUGAAGCUUUUGACGCUUCUUGGAAAAAUUAUACCCAUAUAGAACAGAAGAGUUUAUAGAAUAUUUUUUUAUUUCAUUUCAAUGGAACGCGAUACGUUUGUAUAUGUAGUGUGAAAUAUACGCGUCAUUCUGAUAAUGAUUAGAUGAAAGUUACGAGUGAGUAUGAAGGAAUACAUGUUUUAGGUAUUAUAACAAAAUGGUAACAUAAUGUCAUUGAUUGACCUCAUUCAUGACCACUGCCUAUGGCAAUGUAUGUGGAAUGCUGUAUUUAUAAAUGGACGUCGUAAUAAAUAAUGUAGAUUACAUUAAAACAGUUGCGAUGAAUUUUAUAUAUCAUAUUUGUCUCGAAUUGUUAGAAAGACAACACGUAAAAAAAACAGACAUUGUUACUUUCAUGUAAUGUGUUAGCAAUAUUGAUAUGUAACACAUAUAAAUAUACUCAAUUAACAACUCUCAAUUCAGCUCAGGUUAUAGUUUCCUCGACGUAUCGAAAUUGAGAUACAUUUUAGUGUAAUUCCACUCAAGAAUCUUAUCUUACACGCAUACAUUUGUGAAUUCUUUAAUAUUACCAAAUAAAUUGUCGAAAUAGUAUUU